AUGACGCUCGGCAGUGGACACGUACCUUCAGGCUGCAAACUGUCUACUCACAGAGAGACAUCGGAGGACUGUCGGAGCUGCCUGGAGUGUUCCCGUGACAACGGCUGUGUGCGUUGCCCCGAGCGACUCUUCCUGUUCCUGCAGAGGGAGGGGAUGUCUCACCAUGGAACUUGUCUCCACGCCUGCCCCGCUGGACACUACGGACAGAGAGGGAAGGACAUCAGCCGCUGCAUGAAGUGUCGCUCUUCGGACUGUGAGCACUGUUUCAGCCGGGACUUCUGCACCAAGUGUAAGCCCAACUUCCAGCUGUACAAAGGCAAGUGUCUGACCCGCUGCCCAGGAGGAACCUUCGCCCACCAGACAGACUGCGUCGAGGACUGUCUCCUGGCUUUGUUGGGAGAGUGGAGCGACUGGAGCGUCUGUCUCCGUGACGGCGUCCCCUGCGGCUUCAGGUGGGGCAAGCAGACCAGGACCCGGGGGGGCGGGCAGUCCGGGAGAGCGCUGGAAGAGAAAGCGGCAUCAUCAUUUUGCCCGUCCCACAGCGAGACACAGAGGUGCAGGAUGAAGAAAAAGUGUCCUACAGAAAGAAGAACGAAUAAAAAAGGAGGAUUUGGAAGGAAGAAGGAGAGAAAACAACAGCCGCUCGACAACGACAACGUUGGCAACUCGCCGAACGGAACCGCAGACGGCGCCGGCGAGCACGAGGGUCAAUGGAGGGACGAGACGGACACACAGCUCAACGCCACAGCUCAACCUGACGCGUGUCGGCCGACGUCAGCGGGAGCUUUGUAA